CGUUGCACCUCUCUCUCACUCUCUGUUCCUCUCACUUCCAUUGCAUUAUUUUACUCCUUUUUGGUUCUUUUUCCUCUUUCAACCACAUCAACAAGUAACCCCUCCCUCCCUGUUUCUCUUUCAGCUUCUUUCUCUUUUGGCAUCUCAGAAAAACUCAUUCUUCUUCUUCUUCUUCUUCUUCUUCUUUUGUGAAUCACACAACAGAAUCCAAUGAAUUCCUUUCUUCCUACACCGAAACUCUCCAAUCCCCUGAAUUCCCCUGUUCCAAAAACCAAGCUUUCAACUUCAAUGGAUUCAACUCUUUCACAAGACCCCAUCUUCUCCAUUCUUUCAAAAACUAACUUUUCUUCUGUUCCCAUCGAUUCCCAUUUCUCAAAAACCAAACUUUCUAAUCCCACCAGCAAGCUUUCUUCCACUCCAAGCGAUUCCCCUGUUUCAAUAACCAAGCUUUGUUCAGCUACUCCAAUGGAUUCCCCUACUUCAAAAACACCACUUUCUGCUCCUCCACCAUUGUCUGCAGCUUCAAGUUCAAUCAGCAGCAGCAGUAUCUGCAGCGAUAGAAGCAGUGAGACCGACGAAAGCCCCUUCUCCUCUCACCGUUUCGAGCUUCAAGAUGUGAAGUUUCAGCUACCAAUUCAAUCCACACCAACUCCAAGUUCCAAUUCUCAUAGUCAUAGAUCACUAGCUGUCCUUUCAGGCCAUGUUGGUUCUGUUUCAUGUUUAGCACUUUGUGGCGAAUUCAUACUAAGUGCAUCACAGGGUAAAGACAUCAUAGUAUGGCAGCAACCGGAUUUGCGCCUCUUCGCCAAAUUCGGCCAAGGCGAUGGAUCGAUUAAGGCCCUUGUAUCCAUUGGAAACAAGGUUUUCACUGCUCAUCAAGAUAGUAGGAUCAGAGUUUGGAAGGUUUCAAGGAGUUCAGAGAAUGUUUUUAGGCUCGUUGACACGCUUCCGACAACAAAGGACUAUUUGGGGAAGUUCAUGAAGCAAAGCAACUAUGUCCAAACAAGGAGGCACCAUAAGAGGCUGUGGAUUGAGCAUGCUGAUAGCAUUUCAUGUUUAACUGUUCAUAAUGGUUUGAUCUAUUCAGGGUCAUGGGAUAAAACCCUUAAGGUUUGGAACCUUUCGGAUUUGAAGUGCUUGGAGUCAAUUAAGGCUCAUGAUGAUGCAAUCAAUGGGUUGGUAGCAUGUAGAAGAGGGAUUGUGUAUUCUGCUUCUGCAGAUGGAAAGAUCAAAGCUUGGGGAAUGGAAAGAGAAAGGGAAGGAGGGAAGUUUAAGAAGAGUAACAAGAAUUCACAUUGUUUGAAAGGGGUUUUGGAGGGUCAUAAAGAUGUUUCAUUGAAUUCUGUGGUUGUUUCUGAUGAUGGGAAAUGGAUCUAUGGAGGUGGUUCGGAUGGUUAUGUUAUGGGGUGGGAAUGUUCUGAGAGUAGUAGCAAUAGUAGUAGUAGUUGUUGGAAGCUUGUUUCUGAGACAAAGGCACAUGAAAUGGCUGUUUUAUGCAUGUGCUUAAUUGGUGAGCUUUUGUGCAGUGGUUCAGCAGAUAAAAGCAUUGGCAUUUGGAAAAGAGAAGCUUUUGGUAAGCUUUGUAAAGUUGGUGUGAUUAGUGGCCAUGAAGGUCCAGUGAAGUGUUUGCAAGCUUCAUGUUCUAAUAGAAUUGGUGGAGGAUUUUUGCUCUAUAGUGGAAGCCUUGAUAGAAGUGUGAGAGUUUGGUGGGUUCCUAAGUAUAAUAACAACAAUGAUAUUGAAGAAAUAGAGAAGGAUAAUAAUAAGUCUAUUGUUUCAUGUUAAAGAACAUUUUGAAGGCUCAGAAAUGAAGCACAGGAUCCCUUAUUUUUUGUUAACAGUGUCUGCUGUGCUUUCAUUUUUGAUUUGUUGUUUUGUUUUCUUUUGUUUUGGAUUUGGAUUUGGAGUUCAUUUCAUUUUUUUUACUGAAGUUGAUUGUAUAAUUUAAGGUGAAGUUUUAGGGGGCUUGAUCUAUUGCUCACUAGGGUGACAUAGAGAAAAUGGUGUUAUUAUACAAUUUUUCUUGUUCUUUUUCUGAAUUUUAUUUUUAUAUUUGUACAAAACAACUGUAACUAUGCCUUCAAGGGAUUCAAUGAAUGGGAGAAUUAUAAAUUA